GAUGUGAGACUGGUGGACGGACCUAAUGAUUACCGAGGUAGAUUAGAAGUUUACCAUGAUGGAGAAUGGGGUACGGUCUGUGACGACAAUAUAAGCUAUCAAUUGUGCAUCGUUGUUUGCAAGCAAUUAGGAUAUGACUUGGGUGGUGCAGGAACAUAUGUUCACGCCUUUUCAUAUGCGAAUGAAUCCAGAAGUCCAAUUUGGCUUGAUGAGGUUCAAUGUUUCGGGAAUGAAAGUAAAUUGGAAGACUGUAGAAAAAGUAAUUGGGCGAGUCAUAACUGUUAUCAUUUUGAAGACGUUGGAUGUGCUUGUUCUUAUAAAGGUUUUUCCAUUUUAUUAAUACCUUUUCAACGGGGCAUCAAAUCAAGAGGGAGAGUCGAAAUAAAAUAUGGGAUUGGAAAAUGGGGAUUAGUAUGUGGCGAUGAUUGGAAGAUGGAAGAGUUAACAGUAUUUUGCUCUUGUCUUGGAUAUAACAAGUUAUUUUUUAAUAUUUUUUAG